AUGCCUAUAGCUACCCCCAGCCCCAGCCUCAACCGGUCUACGUUCAGCAACAACCCCGAAAGAGGUCUGGUGGUGGCGGUGGAUGCUGCGCCUGGUAUGUUCAGCUCGGUCCUCUUCAUACUCGCUUAUCUUAACUACUACCCUCUCCCUCUUUCUGCCACGGUCUACAGUCUCGCCGGUAUGCUCUGUUGUUGCUGUGCCGAAGAGAUGUGCUGCGACAUGCUCUGCUAA